GCAUUACGUCAUCCUGUGGGCGGGGUUAUGUAAAGUAAGAAGAAAGAGCAGUGCGAGGGUGUGAGCGUCGGUCUCCCCCAUCACCACCACCAUCCACUCAAGUGUGUCUGCACCGCUGGAGCCGCAGACUGACACACACACCCACACACACCCACGCACACGAGACACAGAGCGAGAGACCGAGCCGGUGGACCGAUUGAGGACGACUCCUUCUCUUUGUCCACCCGGAAAAAUGGCGUCAAAGUGUCCAAAAUGCGAGAAGACAGUGUAUUUCGGUAAGUGUAUGUUUUUUUUGAGCACGGCGAGUAUUUCAGGGUUUGACUGUUGUGUCCCUGUGAACGCGAAUUCUCAUGAAAAUACUCUUCAAUAUUCAGCAAUUUUCUCGUGUUUUGAUGCAUUUGUAUCCAGAGGGGAUUUAAGGUUAAUCCAGAUUAGGUUAAUUACAGACCAGGCAGCUCCAGAGGUCAUAUGAUCUGAACUGGCGUUUACCAAGCCACCAAAAGAAAGAAUUUAUUUGAUUUGAUUUUUUUUUAUUAUUAUUACCCCUUUAAUCAGUACCUGAAUUAAAAAAAUGGAAUAUACACUGUUUAUUAUUUUUAAUUAUUAUUCGCGUUACCUCUUUAAUCAGUACUUGAAUUAAAUAAAAUGAGAUAAUACACUGCUUUUUUUAUUAUUGUUCACAUUACCUCUUUAAUCAAUACCUGAAUUUGAAAAAUAAAAUCAGAAAUUACACUGUUUGCUUUUUUUUUUUUGUAUGUUGAUCUCGUGUUAUAAGUAUAGAGUCAAAGUGCAGAUUUUUUUAAGGAGUGGCGCAAUUAGCAUAGAAAAUCCAACUCCUGUAGGUGUGUUAUGAUGACAGGCCUGUGGUUAGGGCUGUAUCAUUAAAAAAUCCAUAAUAAUCUGUAGGAUUUCUGCUUAUUUAUUUACAUCAAUGCCUUCUUUAAAUAUUAAAGUAGUAAUUUCUACCUUUAAAUCUGUAAAAGAUAGUUCAAAUCCUCAUUACUAAACAUAAUAACACCCUAAAAUUGAGUUAUUUCAGUAGGACAGUUUAAUCAACAAUUUGUCCUGUGAGGCUGCUGCGUCGUCUUUGUUUAAUUUUAAUUUAAAUGCAGAUAUUUAGAGGAGAUUAGACAAUAUCCUGGACCCUCUAUAGUCAGGACCUGCAGGUGAAUGCUGGGGCGAUACUGAGGGGGAAAACUUAAGCAGCACUUGUGCAUGACAGCAGAGGCAGUGGCAAAAAACGAGGCAGAGGUCAGAAAUCUUGUAGCUGAAUUAGAAAGAUGUGUUUGAGAGCUGGUUAGUUAAAACUCUGAAUUCUUUGCAAGCACAGUUAGUAGUAAAAUAAACUGUUAAGUCUCCUUUCAUGUCGACCAAAGCAUGUCUGUCUGUCAAACUGCAGAAUUUUACUUUUGUAUAUUUUGUAUGUGCUAGUUUUAAAGGGACCGUGCAUGAAUUUUACACUUUAAGAGCUUUGGCCUAAUUUUGUUGAUAAUACUCACUAAAUCAAAUGCCACAUUCCCUCUCCCGCCUCUCCCUGCUCUCCUCUCUACUUCCGCCUCUUCCUACUCCUCUCUCUGCUCUCCUCUCUCCUCCUCCUGCCCCCUUACCUGCUGUUUCCUCUCCUCCUAUGGCUUCCUGGUAGUUUGGGUAGCUGCUGCUCCAUAUGUUGAAGAUAAAAUCUGAUGAAUAUUCCAGCUCGUAGUGACUCAUCUCAUGUAUGAAAAUCAAGUUGACUGCCUGGACUAGCUCCCAGGCUUUGCUCCGUUUCUGCAAGGUGCAAACAGACAGUGCAAGUCUGUAAACUCAACAAAGGCAUUUCUUUACUGUGCAAAGCUAGCAUGUCUUCAAACUGCCAAAAACAUCAAGAUGUCAUGUUGUACCUCCAUAACCUCUCUUUAAGAGUCUGUAACUACCACCUUACUUCUUUCUGUCCACCACUCCUGUACUUGAAUCCAAAAUAGCCACAUUUAGCAGACGAUGCAUUCUUUUUUGCCACAGCACAGUCUCGGCUUGCUCGUCAUACUCCUGCAUGUCAGCAUUCAUGUUGUUCCCUCUGCUCUCUGCAGCCUGGAUAGUCACGUGACCAUAAAAACUCAGUCAGAGCACCUGAUGGGUGUAACCAGACAGACUCCAAACAAUCAGAGGGGAGGCUUAAAUGUUUACAGACACACUUGAGCAUGUUUAUUUGAUUCACAGCCUUCUGCGUGGUUGUGUAAUUGCACAUUCUCAUAUGGUGGCUGCAGCUGAAAUUGGAUCAAUCAUGCAGCACUGUCAUGUUAUUCUAACAGAGAGGAAUAAGGAUGAAAAGGCUUAAAAUGUUAUUCACCUAAAAGAUAACAGUCCAAGCGACCAAACACUCCUCCUACGGGGAGCUUUGCUGCAAAUCCACAAAUAUACAAUAAUGCAAAAGUCCAAAACAUGCAAUGCAAAGACAGAAACAUUCUGCAAAUAGAGGGAUGUGGAGCAAAAAGCCAAAAUAAACCUGCAAAUACAGACACCAGAGCUAUAGUGAAACAAAACAUAGAUAGAUAGAUAGAUAGAUAGAUAGAUAGAUAGAUAGAUAGAUAGAUAGAUAGAUAGAUAGAUAGAUAGAUGAAAUAAGCUUACUCAUGAAAGUUUUAAUUAAAAGUCAUUACUGAUUAGCGUAGAUAUGAAUAAUACAAUGAUAUCCCACAGGAGACAGAAACCUGAUUUAUGGACUCUGUUACUGUAAUUAGCUGUUUAAUGUCUGAUCUGCACUGCCUCAAAUAUGGAUCAUAUUAAAAAAAGACUGAUGGGGAGUCCUAGACUCAAAGUGGUUUGGACAGAGCUCAUACCAGGCUAUAAAUGCUUCACUAUCUCUAGAUAAGAUUACAGGGAUCCAUUAACAGCCCUGUUUGCUUCUGUUCAUCAGACUAAAGUGUGUUAUCUGACAGCCAAAGACAAAGCACCAUCCGAACUUUUACAUUAAUGCCAGCUUUCUUUUUUAUCAUAAAGGAUUGGCUCUGUGUCAUCUUUCUUUGUGGAGAGUUUACUCGUUUUUAUUCUGGAGCUUCACCACAUGGCUUAGUAAAUAAUUCAUCGAUUGUACAUGCAUCACAGGGAUCAAUUUUCUUUUUGUUCUCUCCUCUUCAUCUCUGCGGUGAACCCCGCCCUGCCGGUUCAACCAAACAUGCUGAUGUCUCUUUAAUGCCUGAACUGCUGCAGAAAAUAUCAUACAAAAACUACUCUCAUGUUUCUUGUGUGAUUUACAGGGUAAUUUUUGCUGUUUAAAAAGUGAGUUUUUAUGAGUUUUAGCUUGAGAAAUCUUAAAAUUUGAGCCCCAGAGAUGCUACUCUCACUAAGUUCACCUCUGUGUGAUUAAAGGUCCUUACAAACCAGGACCGAUGCAAAUAUACAAUGCGAAAUUACGAAAUGUUCGGAGGUGAAUUUUGAAGCACCAUACACAUCGAGCCCAAUGCGAUUUUGUGACUUUCCGGGGGGGAAAAAGACGCGUCCCAGGUGGAAGCAAGAAGACUGACACAACAGCAGACUGACUGUUUGCAGUUCUGAUUAGACACUAGUGUUGAGAUGUCUGUCUGUCAUGAUAGUAUGUACUGAGUCGGGGUCAGUACCAGAUAAGCACAUUAAACUAUAAUCCAUAAAUGUAAGGUAACAACCGAGACCUAAUGGUGCUGUGACAGCAACGCAAUUGAGUUUGAGACAGUGAAAAUAUGGUAUGUUGUAUCUGAACAGGUUAGCAUACAAGCUAAAGCUACUUAGCACAGCCUAAAGUUAAAACAAAGACGUUUAGCAAACUGUUAAAGCACACAAACUAUCCUUCAGGUCGUUAUUUUUGUUAUAUUUCUGUCUUUUAUCAAAAAACACUCUGUUCCCCGACACAUAAACAAUCAGCCAGUCGGCCAUGUUGGAUAUACCGGUGAAUCAGACGUCACAACAGCACACAAUCUGAUUGGUCAGAAGUGGAUGCACAGUAUGCGAAUCUUUAGAAAAAUUGAACGUGAUCCGAAAAAAUAAAUGCUGCAAUAUCGCAGGAUGGGAAAAUGUCGCUGAUGUGAACACUGGUUUGAAAACAAAUAUUGACGUCUGAAAUAAUCGCACGAUAAAUAUGGUCCUGGUGUGAAAGGACCUUUAAAAAGUUUGUACAACCACAGUUUAAAAAAUGUAAGACUCCGGAAGACGUUAAAAAAGACAGGUUCAUUUGACCCCUGCAUUUGGAUUUUAAACGACGUGUGUCAAAAAUUUAAAUUUGAAAAAUUUGAUAACAAUUGGCCUAAAGACAAAAAAAGACUUAUAAAAACCAUCAAACCACAUUUUCUUUUGUGAGCAGUAUGCUCAUUUUAAAUUUGAUUCAAGCAAACGUUUUAAAAAAAAAAGUGCAACAGGGACAAGAAAAGAAUCGAAAAAUUGUUUAAUGCUAUAUAGAUUAAAAUAAAUAAACAGGAUGACCAUCACUAAAAUGAUAAGGUUGAUUUGUACCAGGUUAGUAACCUAGCUGGGUAUAAAAAGGACAUUUAAAGAGGCCGAGUCUUUGAAGAAUAAAGGCAAGAGGAGGUUUACUAUUCUGUGAGAGACUGAGUAUAGUUAAAAAAAAGUUUAAAAAAUCCACUCAGAUUCACACUCAGUAGUUUUCCUGAGUGUAAAAUUGCAAAAAAAUCCAGGUAUUUCAUCAUCUACAGAACAUUACACCGUCAAGAAAAAUCUGUACCAAAGGAAGAAAACCAAUACUAUACUAAAACCAAUACCAAACCAAUACCCUCAAGCAGCACGACAUUAAAGGGGAUGGGACUCUGAAGUGGUAAUCAUAGUAUGGGCUUGAAAUUGCUUCCAAGAACUAUUGUCUGUGAACUGCUCUACCCUUUCGGAAUACGGGCAGCAGAGCGAAGGUGAUUUCCUGUCGCAUGUCUCAGUGACACGCUGCUCGCUGAGUCUGAACAGGAAUCGUCAUUGCGUGCGGAGGCGUCGUUUUAUCUGUAGGGGUAUUCUGGGAGCAGGACAGACUGAUAAAUGACUAUUUGUGAACUUCUGUAUCCUUCACUCUGUCCUCUUCAACAGACCACGACUGUUGGUGAAGUUUCAAGUCAAGGAAAGUUAGAGCUCCAUUUAUCAGCAUGUCAAACUGAUGUGACUCCUCUGGGAAUUUAAUGCAAGGCUGCUGGAAAAGAGGCUGGAGCCGAUAGUUGAACCUCGGGUACUGGGGUUCUUGCCUCUGCCAAGACUGUCUCUGGACUCUGAUUUUGUGAUGAUGUGGUUCUGUCGGCUCCUUCAGCUUUGUGGUAAAGAGAGAGAUGUGAAAAGCAUUAGCUGCUGGUAAUGCUGGUAGUUAAAAAUAGAGUUCUAGGAAUGGGGGUAUGUAGAGUGGCUUUGUUAAAGUCUGGAUUAUUAUGACCCAGAGGACUAACUGAGUCUCCCUGUGUCAGCCUCUCUUCAGACACAGUGGAAAAAAUGUGCUCGGAGUUCAUAUGAACCGUUGAAGAGUCUUGCAUCACUUAAAGUGUGACAGUCCCAGUAAAAUAAUCAGUUCUGCUUUCAUUCGAGUCACAGUUGAACCUGGGACUGGGCUCUAUGGAUAGCUCUUGAGUUAUGCAUCUUUUCUUUGAGCGUCUCUUAGUAUCAGUUCUGAAGAUCGUGGGUUCAAACCUCAUUAUUGUCUCAGUCCAGACCUCCUUCAUUUCUGCCUCUUAAAAAUCUGGUUUACAGAUUAAUGUGGGCGACUCACAUCAGCAUGAAACAUGACGGCAGGAACUGAAAUCACACCAGAACAGCAGUUCUUUCUUUCUUUCUUUCUUUCUUUCUUUCUUUCUUUCUUUCUUUCUUUCUUUCUUUCUUUCUUUUUCUACAGAAAACAAAAAGGAAAAGAAAGAAGGCAAUGAAAGAAAGAUGGAUAAAAAAAGGAAUAAGAAAAAUUUAAGGAAUAAGAUAGAAGAGGAUAAAAGAGAAAGGAAAUGAGAAAGAGAGGAUACAGACAAAGAAGAAGAAAAAGAAAGAGUAAAGUAUGACAAAAAAAUUACAAUCAACAAAAAAAUUUUAAAGAAAAAAGAAAAGAAAAAGGAACAAAUCAAUUAAAAAGAACGAGAAAUGAGAGAGACAGAAAUUCACUGAAAAGACAAAGAAAAUUAUUCAAAAGAAAAGGAAUAGACAUGAGGGAGAAAUAAAGAAAAAAGAUAAAAAAAUAUAUGUCAAAAGAAAGAGUCAGAAAAAAAUUAGGAAGAAAUUAAAAAUUGUUAAAGAAAAAAGAGAAACAAGUCAAUUAGAAGAAAAAAGGAACAGAGAGGAAGAGAAAAUGGACUAAUAAAGAGAAUCAAAGAAAGAAAAAGGAAAAAAUAAAGAAAGGUUGUUAGUAAGUAAAAUAGGGAAAAGACAGAAAAAAAUUAAAAUGUUGAGGAAAAAAAGACUCUUCAUAAACUUUCUUGAUUUUGGGCUCAUGUCUUUGUGAACUCUAGCUGGUUUUCAUUUUAACUAAAGAUAAAAUGUUUCCAAAUCCUUGUUUUUAGCUGAAGCAAGAGACACAGAGUUCAUCGAUUCAUCACUCCUUUUUUGUUAUUUAAACUCAUGCUUCACUUGUUCGGUCCAAACUAACUCGCAGGAUCUUCACUCAGUACACUUGAACUGAGAACAACGAGUAUCGUGUUUUUUGUAGCUCCAUGAAACAGGUCAGUAAAUCUGUCUUUUCUUUCUUCUUCUGCAGCAGAGAAGGUGUCCUCUUUGGGGAAAGACUGGCACAAGUUCUGCCUGAAAUGUGAGCGCUGCAACAAGACGCUGAAUCCAGGAGGACAUGCUGAGGUCAGAGGAAACUCGCUGAUGAAGGCUUCAAGCCAAGACGUCUAUUCUGACAACCGCUUCUGUUUACAACCAACAUUUUAAACAUCAUGAUUGUGUAGCAAACAUGCCAGACAGUCGUGGUGUUACUGUCGAGUAAAUCUAAGAAGUGAUACAGCUCAUUUGUGCCUCUGACAAAGAUAACGUAACCAAAGGAAGUGCGUGUGGUUUCCCUGUGGUAUAAUUCAUACAGUCACACCAGUGUCUCGCUAACCACACCAGAAGUGAGCAGAUAUGGCGGCACAGUGAGAAGUGUGACUCUGACCACAAAGAAACCUCAAAUACUUUCUUUAGGGUUACAUCCUGUCAAAUGAAGAGCUUUUGUUGUUCUUUGUUUCACAUUUAAGAUGUGAUAGUUUCGACACUCUCAAGUGUAAAUGUGUCAGCGAUAGGACAUGUAGAUGUUCUUCAGCUCUCGUCUCUGUUGGUGAAUGCUCUACCAUUCUGUUAAGCUUCAGGACUCAUUAGUUCAGAUAUUCACAAGUACUUUUGGGGGGUUAUCCGUGGUCACAGACGUCAUGUGGCCUUCAGUACCAGGCGCUGCACUUGGGCUUAAUAACUUACUGAGAUUAAGAUGUUUUUUUGAAUUUAGCUUUGAACUGGGAAGUAAGUGGUCAACCACAGCUUUCAGCCAGAGCAGCUCCACAGUCCUGAAUGUCUCGGUCACAGUGUUUUUUCAGUCAGAUCAGUCUGAAUAUUCGUCUCAAAGAGAAAAUAUCUUGAUGCCUACGAUGUAAACAGCUGCACUGAUUACUUACUGUCCUUACUUUAUAAAGUAUGUUUUAUAUAAGUAGCCUGAUGUGCAAACUGAUUAGAAACAAGAACAGAAUUUGACAAGAUAUAGAAUUUUAAAAGGCCAAAAUAUGAAAAAAAAAAAAUAUAUAUAUAUAUAAUAGCAUAUCAUACAUGAAUAUAAUGGUGUAGUAAUAAGACAACAUGGUGUGGCUAACAUUAGCAGAGCUAGCACUACCUCCUUGCAGGAUUUUCUCCACCCCUGUGCGUAAACACCAUGUUAACCAAAGUGGUGACUCACAGUGUUGAGAUGUAAAGCCAGUGUGCAAAUGCUAACAACUGCAGUUCCUUAAGUGUCCACUGGGGGGUUGGCUCCAGAAGCACAUGGUAGCCACAUACACACCUGAUCUGCAAGAAGCUGAGAUUUACAACACAAAUACACGUUUACAGCCUGAUUCAUGAAACUGUUUUGGUCUGGAUGGGUAAUUUCUGCAUUUCUAUUUGUGCGUGUUUUGUAGCAUGAUGGGAAGCCUUUCUGCCACAAGCCCUGCUACGCCACCCUCUUCGGACCCAAAGGUGCCUUUUCUUCCUUUUAACAGCUGAAAAGAUCUUUUCGAGUGAACUCUGUGUCAGCCAGCUUCUAGUUUUCAAAAGGUGCCUGUGCUUUUAGGUGUGAAUAUCGGGGGAGCUGGUUCCUAUGUGUAUGACAACCCUGUCAACGAAGCCCCCGCUGCAGUUUCCAUGGAAACCAAUGCCAAACCAGAGGAGGAAAGAAAAGCCCCCGCAAGAGGCCCAGUGAAAGGUGAGAAAUAUAUAGAGCAAAAACUGUCACAUUUUGGGGGAGGAAUUCAUAUUACACUAGAGAAAUGUCCUCUGAUGAGAGGAGGAGGGAUGGAUUCAGUUAAACAGGUGAUGAAGAUGGGGAUACUUAAGGUGAAUAGAGAGAAAAUCAAGAAGAAGGAAAAGGAAGAAAAGUUGGAUUUGUACAAAGCUGGACAGCACAUGCCCACAUUGUACAAAAGUGAAGCUAAAAUACCCUGUGCUAGAUCCAUGAGUCUGUGCCGGCAGGACAGAUGAAAAGUAUAACUUUUAAUUUUCCUGUAGAAAAUCAAAACUGACAAAAAGCGGAAUCAAACCUCAGUAAAGAACUUAAAUUCUGUUGUAAUGUGACUUUUUCUCAGCUGCGAGCUUCUCAUCUUUUUCUGGGGGACCAAACAUCUGCCCUCGAUGCAACAAGACGGUUUAUUUUGGUAAGCAUGUUGUCAUUAGGAUAUCUCUUCUUAUCUGGCUGUACUCACCAAGCGAUGGAAUGUUUCUAAGUGACUGGUUGUCAUGGUGACUAUCCCUGUAAUUGUGUGUGUGUGUGUGUGUGUGUGUGUGUGUGUGUGUGUGUGUGUGUGUGUGUACAGCUGAGAAGGUGUCCUCUCUGGGGAAGAACUGGCACCGACCCUGUCUGCGCUGUGAGAGAUGCAGCAAGACCCUGGCUCCCGGCAGCCACGCAGAGGUGAGAAAGAUGUACAUGAAGACGACAGAUUAAACUGCAUGUUUGAAAUUGGACUCUUUCAUUUAAAGGUCUGUUUACUGAGGUCCUGUUCAAAAUAACUUCUGUCCCUGCUAAACCUUUAAAAAAAGACUGUAAAGGGUCUGUAAAGGUCCUUUCACACGGGACCAUUUUUGUCGUGCGACUAUUUUGGUAGUUAGUUUUUUUUCGAACCCCUAUCUUGUCAAUACAAGCGUUCACAUCAGCAACGUUUUCCUGUCCUGCGAUAUUGCGGCAUUUAUUUUUUCGGAUCACGGCCGAAUUUUCUAAAGCUUUGCAUACUGUGUGUCCACUUCUGACCAACCGGAUUGCGUGUUGUUGCGACGUCUGUAUACCCAACAUGGCCGACCGGCUGAUUGUUUACGUGUCGGAGAACAGAGUGCUUUUUGAUAAAAGACACAAACAUUACAAAGAUAAAGACCUGAAGGACAACUUGUGGAGCGUCAUAGCGUCAGAUCUCUCAUGUGACGAUAGUUUGUGUGCUUUAACAGUUUGCUAAAGGCUUUGUUUUAACUUUCAUCUGUGCUAAUGUAAGCUAACGGUUGUUACCAUAGUUUCAUGUGCUUAUCUUAUCGCCUCUGAUUGGCUAUAAGUGCUGACCAUUUGGCUUGAGCGUGUGAUGACGCUUCCAGCUUUUCUAGUCUUUCAGAGGCGAAGGAGGCGGGACUUUCCCCGGGUAAAGUCUUCCCCGGGAUGCGUCUUUUCUCCCCCAGAAAGUCCCAAAAUCGCGUCGGGCUUGAUGUGUAUAGUAAGUAAAAUUCGCCUCCGAAUAUUUCAUAAUUCCGUGUUCUAUAAUCGCGUCGGCCCCGGUAUGUAAGGACCUUAAGAGUGCCUGAGAGAGUGUAGGUGCCAUAUGCAGAAGUGGUUAGGUUUGUGUGUGUUGACAUCAACUGUCUGGGCUGCACCUUUCAUGCACGUCACGAGGGGGUGUGGUCAAGGCGCGAUGAUUGAAUGAUUGAAUGAAUGGACAUAUAGUCACCUGGGUGCUGCGGCGGCUGCAUGGAGAGGGGGUGAGUAGGGAGAGCGUAUUUUUUGUUGACCGCUUGAUUUAAACGUCAAACUAAGCCCAUAGAUCAUCUUGCCUUGCCUUGCCCUGUCUGUCUGUUUGUGCGGCGUUGGAAAUAAAUGUGAACUCAAUCGGAAAACACGGAAAUGGCUUGUGGUUUGUGUAGCGAGUCACCAAUGCGGAAGCUCCCUCACUUAGCCUCUCAGUGACUUUGUUUUCGUUCCUAGUCACUAUAUUUUGUCAACAAAAAAGGAGUACCAACACCCGAACGGCAUAUACGGACGCGAUCACGCCACACGGUGUCUAACUGCAACGCCAGACUGAUCGCAACGUGGACUUCAGACCGGUAGGACUGUAUCACUCGCAUCCAUUCAUUCUGUGUAUGUUGGACGGAACGCAGUUUGAUUACAGCGCAUACAGCGCAUCCAUUGGGGAGCGCUGUGCGUGUGUGAAAGUCCGCUGAGACAGCCUGUCCUGCUCGUUGAGAGUAAAUACCUGUGGUGUUUUCCGAUGUUAAUUGAUGUGAAACAAUCUGUGGAAAAAUAAAACUAUGCUGGGUGUAUUGUGGAUUCACUGCGCGAACCACUGAACUGCCGAAUCUCAAAAGGACAAUAUGAGUGAAGCCAUGGAACAAGUGGAAAACAAUGAAACUGUGGUUGCUAAAAGGAAUGUGAAACUUACUGCAAAAGCAUUGGCAUAUAAAGUGGUAAAUCUACAAAAUGAACGUAAAACACAUGUGAAUAAAAUAAAAGGCUUAAUACCUGCAAUGAAAGAGCUGAUGAAACGAAAGGAAAAUGUACAGGAAGUGAAAUCUCAGUUGCAAACUAUUACUCAGCUCCUUGAUACUGCUGUCAACCUGCAUCAAACAAUAAUUCCACUGUUACCCGAGGAUGAAAAACUUAAACAGAAUGAUUGGUUCUCCAGUAUUGAACGUUACAGCAGUACAUUCAAGGAUGAUGUGAUUCAGUGGUUGGAUGAGAAUGAACAUGUUCUAAAUAUCGUGGAUAAUGAUGAGGCCGCAGCAACAAAGCAUGUGUGUGACCCUCAAAUAGAUGAUGCUUUACAGGCAGCAGCACAGGACACAGGCCCCAUCACACCUUAUGAAGGUCUACAGGAUGACGUGAACCCAAGUGAUAGCAUAUCAAAUGUGCAAAGCAAACGAUCUGCAAAAAGUGCUGUGAGUGGAAAAAGCUCUGGGAGUGGUAAAAGGUCCAACGUAUCAGGAACUUCUUCUGCUCGCAUCAAGGCAGAAGCUGAUUUAGCUGCACUGAUGGCACGGCAAAAACUUUUACAGGACAGACAUGCACUGGAAGAGGAGGAGCAGCAAAUACGGAAACGCAAGGAAAAGCUCAAGUUGGAUGAAGAGAUUGCUGCACACUUGGCUAAAGUGAGCGUUCUAAGGGCUGCAAGCAUAUCUGGUUCGAAAAGUGUUACAACAGACAGGUCCAAUGCAAUGAGUUCCUACGUUAAAAAUGAACAAGAAACAACAAAGUUCAAUGUCAAUGCCACUCCUUUCAUUCCUCUGAGGCUGGAAACAUCUAAACAGCAAUCGAAAAUCAUGGACAGUGACCCUGUGACAAGGCCUAAAUCAGAUGGAUCGACCCAUGCUGUUCACUUUCAGCCUCCCACUUUGAAGAGCCACUUACCUGAUUUUAAUCCUCUGCUCAAUGCUCAUAAUGAUCACUUACAUCAUGGAAUCAGUCUUAAUGUUGGGGAUUCAGCAAGUCAUGGGGAGCAAAACAAUGUUCUUGACAUCAUGAAAAGACAGAAUGAAAUUACAACACUACUGAUACAACAGCAGCAACAUGCGCUCUUGCCUAAAAGAGACAUCCAGGUGUUUGAUGGUGACCCACUGCAGUUCCAUACGUUCCUGAGAGCCUUUGAAAACUGUAUUGAAAGCAAGUCCAACAGUCAUAGUGAUUGCCUGUACUUCCUCGAGCAAUACACUAGAGGUCGUCCAAGAGAUCUUGUGAGAAGCUGCCAGCAUAUGGACCCAAACAGGGGCUAUGCUCAAGCUAAAAUCCUAUUACAAGAACAUUUUGGGGAUGAACAAAGGGUUGCUGCUGCUUAUAUGGACAAGGCGUUGUCAUGGGCUCCAAUAAAAUCAGAGGACGUUAAAGCUCUCCAAGAUUAUAGCCUAUUUCUCAGAGGCUGCGCAAAUGCGAUGAACGAAGUGCAGUAUAUGUUUGAAAUGGAUAUGCCUGCUAGCAUGCUGACAAUAAUAAAAAAACUGCCUUACAAGCUGAGGGAUCGAUGGAGGACAACUGCUUGUGAAAUACAAGAAAGACGUAACCAAAGGGCUACAUUUGAUGAUAUUGUCCAUUUCAUCGAAAGGCAAGCAAAGAUUCUAACAGACCCAGUAUUUGGAGACAUUCAAGACUCAUCACCAGCAGCAAACAGAGGCAUGAAUCGAACCAGCUUAAAACCUAGAUCUCGGCCAAAGGGAAGUAGUUUCGCUACAACAGUGACUACUGUACAGCACAAUUACACAGCAACAAAAGGAAGGAGGCCAGACACAACCUCAUCAGCCAAGAAAGUCUGUCUGUUUUGUGAGGGUGGGCACAUGUUGGAGUAUUGCUCUCGAAUGGAGAAGAUGACUCACACUGAAAAGAUCACCUUUUUAAGGGAAAAGGGAAUAUGCUUCGGCUGUUUGUGUAUAGGACACAUCAGCAAGGACUGUCGAAAGCGCCUGUCAUGCAAAGUGUGUAGUUUGAAACACCCCACAAUGCUUCACAUCCAUUCAAAGGAAAAGGACCCAGUGACAGAAGAAGAACCAGGCGCCGCAGUGGGCUGUGCUCUGGUAUCUAAUGGGUUGACUGGGGCUGGUGGCCAUGAGUGCAAGCUUCCUAUAGUUCCUGUAUUGGUUAAAUCCAAGAAAGGUAAUCAUGUAGUGGCUACUUAUGCCUUCUUGGAUCAAGGUAGCACGGCUGUUUUCUGCACAGUAAACCUCAUGAACAAGCUCAACCUCUCAGGAAAAAGGACAAGAAUCCUUUUGCGGACAAUGGGUCAGGAGAAGGUCGUUAACAGCUGUGUGGUCACGGGACUGGAGGUGGCCGGUUUGGACGGAGAGACAUACUGUGAUUUGCCCAACACCUAUACACAGGAGUGCAUGCCGGUGCAUAGAGGAAAUAUUCCAUGUCAAAAGGAUCUCGAGAGGUGGGCAUACUUGAGAGAUGUUGACUUACCUGAUAUCGACUCCGAAGUUGAGCUGUUGAUUGGAACAAACGUACCAAGGGCACUGGAACCAUUACAAGUCAUCCGUAGUGUGGACAAUGGACCGUAUGCCAUCAAGACUAUUUUGGGUUGGACUGUUAAUGGGCCACUGGGGGGAAACAGUGGUGAUGGAAUGGAUGUUGCGACCGUUAACAGAAUUUCAGUCCUGAACUUGGAGGAGCUCUGGCAGCAGCAGUUCAGAACAGAUUUCCCAGAAUGUGGCUACGAUGAGCAACCUGGCCAGUCAAGAGAGGACCAAAAGUUCAUGAAGUUGGUCCAGGAUUCAGCCAAGCUUGUAGAUGGUCAUUACCAGAUUGCAUUGCCCCUGCGAAGCUCCGUGACCAUGCCAAACAACAAGAAGGUUGCCGAGCAGCGUGCUCUAAACCUGAAGAGGAGGUUCAAAAGGGACUCGUUAUUUCAUCAGCAGUAUACUGAUUUCAUGAAUGAUAUGGUCACCAAGGGAUACGCAGAGCAAGUACCUUCAGAUGAGCUGGCACGUACUGAUGGAAGAUUGUGGUAUAUCCCACACCAUGGUGUGUAUCACCCUCAAAAAGGAAAAAUCCGUGUGGUUUUUGACUGUGCUGCCACUUUCCAGUCAGCAUCUCUCAACGCUCAACUGCUGCAAGGGCCGGAUCUCACUAGCUCGCUGAUUGGCGUCCUGGCCAGAUUCCGGAAAGAACCGGUGGUGAUCAUGGCAGACAUAGAGUCCAUGUUUCACCAAGUAAAGGUGCCAAGGGAAGACGCUGAUCUACUGAGGUUUCUCUGGUGGCCCAACGGUGACUGCACCCAAGACCUGGUAGACUUCAGAAUGUUGGUACAUCUUUUUGGUGCAACGUCCUCACCAAGUUGUGCUAACUUUGCAUUGAGGAAAUGUGCUAAGGACAAUGAAGAACAGUUCUGCCAAGAGACCAUUGAGAGGAUUCUGCACUGCUUUUAUGUGGACGAUUGUCUGGUGUCGACGGCCAGUGAGGAAGAAGCAGUGGCACUGUAUCAUGACCUGGCCUCUGUAUGUGCCAAAGGAGGCUUUAAGUUGACCAAAUGGAUGAGCAAUAGCCGUGCAGUGAUGGCAGCAAUUCCAGGGGACCAAAGAGCUAAGGGCAUGAAGGACUUGGAUUUGGACCAUGACCUGCUACCAGUGGAGAGGGUGCUCGGAGUGCAAUGGUGCAUCCAGUCUGAUGUCUUCAAGUUUAGAAUCCUGGUGCAGGACAGGCCCCUGACAAGGAGGGGGAUCCUCUCUGUCAUCAGUUCAGUAUAUGAUCCUCUAGGAAUCCUGAGUCCCAUUGUUCUUUCUGCCAAGAUCAUCCUGCAGGAGCUGUGUAGGCAAAGACUCGGUUGGGAUGACCCUAUACCACCAUCAGCUGCACAGGAAUGGACGAGCUGGUUAGAGGAGCUCCAUCAGUUAGAGCACUUCCAGGUUUCGCGGUGCCUUAAACCCCCAGACUUUGGUGAGGUCACUGUGGCGCAACUGCACCAUUUUACAGAUGCAAGUAAUAAUGGUUAUGGUGUAGUGACCUACCUUCUCCUGCGGAAUGCAUGUUCCCAGAUGCACAGCAGCUUUGUCAUGGGAAAGUCCAGGGUGUCUCCUUUGAAGCCGGUCUCAAUACCCCGCAUGGAGCUCACAGCUGCUACAAUGGCAAGCCGUCUGGACACCUUUUGGAAAAAGGAGUUGCACAUCUCAUUAAUAGAGUCAACGUUUUGGACUGACAGCACCUCUGUGCUGAAGUACAUCAGGAAUGAGACUUCCAGGUUCCGUACCUUUGUCGCCAACAGGGUAGCAGAAAUACUCAAAGUGUCAGAUCCAUCGCAGUGGAAGUAUGUAAACACCCUAAGCAAUCCUGCAGAUGUGGCCUCCAGGGGACUGAGGGUUGACAUGUUCCUGAGGAACAAGGCGUAGUUGUCAGGACCUGCAUAUCUCCUGCAACCUGAACGAGACUGGCCUGUGAGUCCAGAUUGCUUGGGGGAACUCCUGCUGAACGAUCCAGAAGUCAAGGCCAGUGUGGCAGUGAAUGCAGUGCAGGCCUCAGAGGAUGUGGAUGCAACCACUCAACUAAUCCAUCAUUUUUCCUCUUGGACCCAUCUGAGAAGGGCUGUGGCUUGGUUUCUCAGGCUAAAAAACAUGCUGCGGGGUCUCAGCCAGAAGAGGACUGACUCUGCGUCCACUCAGUCGGAGUCAGGGAAACAACAAAGACCGUCCUCGGAGCUUGGAAAAGGAGGGUUCAAAGACCUGGCACCGAGAGGUUUCCUCACGGUAGACGAGUUGCAGGUAGCUGAAAAGGAAAUCAUCAGGUUUUGUCAGAGGAAGAGGUUUCCUGAUGAACUCUCUAGUUUGCAGAAGGGCGAAAGUGUGAAAAGGAGAAGUCACAUCUUCAAGCUCGCUCCUGUGUUGGAGGAUGGUAUCCUGAGGGUUGGUGGUCGGUUGAGCCGAGCAGCCUUACCUGAAGACGCAAAACACCCUGCCAUUCUGACCAAAGAGCUCCACAUUUCAGACGUUCUCCUGAGACACAUACAUCAACAAGUUGGUCAUGGAGGACGCAACUACAUGUUGUCCAAACUACGUGAAAGAUACUGGAUUCCUGGGGUCAGCACAGCCAUAAGGAGAAUUUUGUCAAAGUGUGUUGUCUGCCGCAGGUUGCAAGCUGCCCCAGGGUGUCAGCUGAUGGCUGAUCUUCCUGUUGACAGGGUCUGCCCAGACGAACCUCCAUUCACCAGAGUCGGUGUGGACUACUUUGGACCAUUCGAGGUUAAGAGCCGGAGGAGCAUUGUAAAGAGAUAUGGAGUCAUGUUCACCUGUUUGGCAAUACGGGCUGUUCAUAUCGAAGUGGCUCCUUCGCUGGAUACAGACGCCUUUAUUAAUGCACUACGACGAUUCAUGGCAAGACGUGGCCAAGUCCAAGAAAUUCGAUCAGACAAUGGAACGAACUUUAUUGGAGGAGAGCGUGAGCUGAGAGAGGCUAUCAGAGGUUGGAAUCAAGCUCAGAUAAAUGGUGUUCUUCUUCAGAAGGAGGUGAAAUGGAUUUUUAACCCCCCAGCUGGAUCGCACCAUGGUGGUGCCUGGGAAAGGUUGAUCAGAUCAGUGCGCAAGGUCUUGAACUCCAUCUUGAAAGUUCAAAAUCUGGAUGAGGAGGGAUUACACACUGUCCUCUGUGAGGUGGAAGCAGUCAUUAACGGCCGUCCAAUUACUAAGGCCUCAACCGACCCUAACGACCUCGAAGCUCUGACGCCUAACCAUCUCUUGCUGUUGAAAACCUCUCCUUCCCUGCCACCUGGGCAGUUUCAAAGAGAUGACAUCUACGCUCAUCGACGCUGGAGGCAGGUCCAGUACAUGUCUGAUUUAUUUUGGAAGCGAUGGACUAAGGAGUAUUUGCCACAGUUGCAGGAACGUCAGAAGUGGACUGGUAUCAAGCGCAACUUUGUAGAAGGGGACGUUGUGCUUAUUGUGGAUGAAACAGCACCACGGAACUCGUGGGUCAUGGGAAGGGUUAUCCAAACCUUCCCAGACAGAAGAGGAUUUGUGCGAUGGCUGCAGAUCAAGACCAAGACCAGCUCCUUGGAAAGGCCCAUAACCAAAGUCUGUCUUCUGCAGGAAUCGGAUGCCUGACUCUUCCGUUCUGGAAGGAUAGUUUGAUUGACUUUACUGACCGACAGCACGACAUGACUUUCCUCCGUGAAGCUGUGUGUCUGAACUUUUGAACUUUUGAACUUGGCUAGACUUGACUUGUGUUCCAGGAAGAAGAGCACAUUGAUGAACUGUAUUGAUGGACUAUCACAAGAACAUUGGUGGAUUUCGUGGUUCAUUUAUUUGUCAUAGUGUAAUUAUUAUAAUGGUAAUAAUUAGGGGCUGGGUUGUAGGUGCCAUAUGCAGAAGUGGUUAGGUUUGUGUGUGUUGACAUCAACUGUCUGGGCUGCACCUUUCAUGCACGUCACGAGGGGGUGUGGUCAAGGCGCGAUGAUUGAAUGAUUGAAUGAAUGGACAUAUAGUCACCUGGGUGCUGCGGCGGCUGCAUGGAGAGGGGGUGAGUAGGGAGAGCGUAUUUUUUGUUGACCGCUUGAUUUAAACGUCAAACUAAGCCCAUAGAUCAUCUUGCCUUGCCUUGCCCUGUCUGUCUGUUUGUGCGGCGUUGGAAAUAAAUGUGAACUCAAUCGGAAAACACGGAAAUGGCUUGUGGUUUGUGUAGCGAGUCACCAAUGCGGAAGCUCCCUCACUUAGCCUCUCAGUGACUUUGUUUUCGUUCCUAGUCACUAUAGAGAGUACGGGGGGGUUCCUGUCAUGCUACUCUUUCUAGUCUGCUCUUGGAAAAAUUAUUUUUACUCACCAUGAAAUUUGCAUCACAUCUUUCAGGAACUGACUUUACAGUAAAAUGGUGAACAGUGUCAUUUCCCCAACAAUAAUGAAAUUUCUCAGGAUGAGAGUGCACAGCACAGCUCUAUGCAACAGAGAGUAAAGAUGCUUACAGCUCAUCUCCACCAUCAGAAGCAAGACAAGAGCAAACUGCACAGAGCUGCACAACUUGAUGUGCAUUUGCUUAUCUUUAGUGCAAUAUUCCCUGUGAAUUGGACUUUGAAAUGAAGUAAAUGAUGUGCAGUUCAUGGUGCUUAGCGAAGCCAUGAUCCAUUUUUUUGUGAACUAGCCCUUUAACCUAAUAAAGGAGGAUUCAUGUGUUCUGUGUUGCAGCAUGAUGGACAGCCUUACUGCCACAAACCGUGCUACGCGGUUCUGUUUGGGCCCAAAGGUGAGUAAAGAAACAUACUGCGUAAAACACCUCACAAAGUUCACCUAAAUUGGAGUGAAAAUAAAGAUGUUUUGAAAUUUUUACUGCAAGCAAGUGGUCAGUGUUCAUUUAAUGCAACUGGUGCAACACCAGGUGAGCAGGAUGAAUUGAAACUUUGAUUGUCAGGAUUAGAAUAGUCGCAUUGAUAUAAAUGCAACAGCUGUCACCAGAGUGAAGGUCUCUGUUGCUUCUAACUAAUGAUACUUGAAGAGUAUUUGAUGUCUGAGGUCUUGAUCAGACAAGAAUGAAUCCACUGAAAAUAAAAAAGAAGUCUCUCCUUUGUACUUUGAAGACAUUCAUCACACACACACACAAGGAUCCUCGAAAAGGACUGACAAAGCUGGAGAGUGCACACCAGGUUAGCAGUGGUAUAAGUUUGUAGUGACACACAACUGAAGAUGUUUCAUACCCAUGUAUGAGGAGGUUAUGCACGUGUGUGUAUUGGGCAGAGAAUUCACUAUUUUCAACGGAACCCACACCUGCUUUUCACAGUAACAGACAGGGUGGGAGUUUCAAAAGACUGCUCUGGAGUCUGGUUUCAGUGAUGCAUGAGAAGUCUGAUCCAAAGGUGCCUGGAUGCUGUUAGUUUGUUGAAUUCGUGUUGAAAAAGCCCUUUAAAUCUAAAGCCUGUGUGGUCUCCUCUUCCAGGUGUAAACACUGGAGGUGUCGGCAGCUACAUCUACGACGACCCUGAGGCCGAGGCUCAGGACUGAACCAGGACUUAGUCUCACCUUUAGGACCCUGGAUGUCUCUAAUUUGCCUUCUGAAGUGGCUCUAUAUGUACUCCACUCACAGAGACGAUACUUAGAUCUUUAUGUUGUAUUUGUAUAUUGUUUAUAUAUCUAUUUUUUGUACUUAAAACCAACGUCCUCCCAAGUGAGCUUCAGAUUUGCCUUUAGGUUUCUCGGUUCUCUUUGCCAAAUAAGUAUCAGCGUAUUCGUAGUGAAUCAAAGCGCUUGAGAUUUUUUCACUUGUUAUUGAUACUUUUUCAGACUUAUGUGCACUUAAAAAAUGUACUGUAUGGAAAAACUAUUACCUGUCAGUGUUUUUGAACCAGUUCAUAUUUACUCCAACAGGGGAGGAGAUGUAGAAGUAGCUAAUGUACUGUGCGCACAGAAACUUACAUUUGACUGACCGUUUGGAAGAUGAGUUUGGGGUCUGUUGUGAAUAAAAACUGCACAUCAGAUUUUAUACAGUCCAGUUUUGUGUCUGUUAUUGUACAGGUAACUAUAAAAAUACAAAACAGUUCAUUUGAAGUAGCCUUGGAGUGAAAUAUUUAAAGCCUUUACUGUUUUGUUUGUUGUUGUCUUUGUUUUUCAUGAUUAAGACAAAUGCCUCAAGAAAAUUAAGGGCCCAGAAUCUCGAUUGCUCGAAUACUUCCUAGGAUUUACCAAAAAAGGAUUGAAAACAUUAAAAUCCGAGAUUUGAAAUGAAGGUGUAAGAACAAUACAGCGUUGUUUGGAAAUUAAACUCAUUGUGAUUUAAGUAAACUCUUUUUAAUGUAAUAUUUUCCUCCCCUUUUGAGUAAUCAACCAAAAGUACCACAUACGUAAAUAUCCAAUUCAAGAAAAUAAAAGAUAAAAUAAAUGAAAACAAACGAGCACUUCCUGAAAGAAGUGCAAACAAAUAACAUGGAUAAUGUCACACAUAUAGGACAAGAGACAGUCACGCCCCUUCCUGGAAACUCAGUACCCGGAAAAGAAGAGGACUGUCAAGCAAAACACAACAUCACUGGGAAAUGAUAGGCUACAACUACAGAAUAAAAGGAGAGAAAUUUACAAUAAGGUGCUGCAGAACAGCAAAGGUUAAACCAAGAUAUAGAAUUCUAGCAACAUAUUACUUACUAAUUAUGCAUCUUCCUUUUGUUUGUAUAUAAAUACCUUUGAUCUAAUAUAUAUCAAACAACUGCAAUUAUACAUCAAUUUUACAAAGUGAUUCAGAACAUUCACAGCUGUAUUUUUGAAAAGAAAAAGUAACACAUUUCAACAAUCUGAACUGAAACUCUGAUCCUCUCAUCAGACUCCUUUACUUUCUCAGUUGAGCCACUGGCUCAACUUACCCCAGAACUACUAUGAUGACUUUAUUAGUCCUCGAAGCUAAAAUGGUGGACUCUUAUGCUAGGUUUAUGACCUCAUUUAGUAGCUCUUAGAUACCACAAUUGAUGAAUAAAACAAAUUUAAAUGAUCUUUUUUGAUCUGAACAUAAUUCUAAUAAAACUUAUGACAGACUAAAUUCACUUUCAAGAGUGAAAAAUGUAUUUUUGGAAAUAAAUGCCUAAACCCUUCA